CUAGAUCUAGGUGCACACGCCUGCACCAUCGAAAUGCCUCCCUCUUGAGAUUUUAACUCGCCAUGGUCACUUAUCCAACAAAAUCCUCUUCACUUCUGUUUCUAUCAAUUGCAUGGCUUCUCUAUCAAUUAGCCCACCAUUAAACCUCCUUAAUUCAAUUCACUUUAAACCCAGAAAUCCUUCAGUUUCUCCCAAAUUAAAAACAACCCAUUUUCCAGAAAUUGAUAAAAGAUUUUGUUUCACAGAAUUCUCUUCUCUUUCCAGAAAUGGGCAAAUUCAAGAAGCUGUUCAUCUUCUUUGUCAAAUCCCCAACAAUGCCGGCCAAAUUGGCCCCGAAUUUUACGUUGAGUUACUGCAAGGAUGUGCUAAUGAAACAGAACUUUUUCUCAGUCAGCAAAUUCAUGGCCUAAUCAUCAAAAAAGGUGAUGUUUUUGCCAGAAAUGAAUACAUUCAGACUAGGUUAGUCGUUUGUUAUGCAAAAUGUGAUGAAUUAGAGUGUACUUAUCGUAUGUUUAGCAGAUUAGUUGUAAAGAAUAUAUUUUCAUGGACUGCUAUUAUUGGGUUGAAUUCUAGGAUGAAAUUGAAUGAGCAGGCUUUACUUUGUUACUCUGAAAUUCUUGAAAAUGGGAUUUGUCCCGAUAAUUUUGUGAUUCCCAAUGCAUUGAAGGCAUGUGGUGCGAAUCAGUGGCUAGGGUUUGGCAGAGGAAUUCAUGGGUAUGUAAUUAAGAUGAGUUUUGAAGGGUGUGUGUAUGUUGCGAGUAGUUUGGUUGAUAUGUACGGGAAAUGUGGGGUGCUUGAAGAUGCAAAGGUGGUGUUUGAUGAAAUGUCUGAGAGAAAUUCUGUGGUUUGGAAUUCAAUGAUUGUGGGUUAUGUACAAAAUGGGAUGUGUGAAGAAGCAAUUCGGUUGUUUGAUGAGAUGAGAGUUGAAGGGGUUGAACCAACUAGAGUCACUGUAUCGAGUUUUCUGUCAGCAGCGGCAAAUUUAGGAGCCGUUGAAGAAGGUAGGCAAGGGCAUGCGCUUGCGGUUUUAUAUGGUUUAGAGUUAGGUAAUGUUAUGGGAAGUUCAUUGAUUAACUUUUACUCUAAGAUUGGUUGGGUUGAAGAUGCUUCACUAGUAUUCUCAGGGAUGGUGGAGAAGGAUGCAGUUACGUGGAAUUUGCUGAUUUCUUGCUAUGUUCAGCAUGGUUUAGCUGAAGAUGCUGUAAAUAUGUGUCAUUUUAUGAGAUUACAAGGGUUGCGGAUUGAUUGUGUGACUAUGGCUUCUUUGUUUUCUGCUUGUUCUGAUAUAGGUGACAUUAAACUUGGUAGGGAGGGGCAUUGCUACUGUAUUCGAAAUAACCUUGAUUCUGAUAUGGUUGUUGCAACUAGUAUGGUUAAUAUGUAUGCCAAAAGUAAGGAAAUAGAUUAUGCAAGGCGGGUGUUUGACUCUUCGUUAGAGAAGGAUCUUGUACUAUGGAAUGCGCUCUUAGCUGCUUAUGCUGAACUUGGGUUAAGUGGCAAAGCCCUAGAGUUGUUUUAUCAGAUGCAGCUACAGGGUUUGCAACCAAAUGUGAUAACUUGGAACUCCAUACUUCUUGCACUCUUAAGGAAUCGAUUGGUGGAUGAAGCAAAAAAUAUGUUCUCUCAAAUGUGCGCCUUUAGUGUUGAACCUAAUGUAGUAACUUGGACUACUCUUAUAAGGGGAUUAGCUCAAAAUGGGGUGGCCUUUGAGGCAAUGCUGUACUUUCAACAAAUGCAAGAAUCAGGAGUACAGCCUAAUUCCAUGAGUCUAACUGGCGUGCUUUCAGCUUGUAUAGAUAUGACAUCCUUGAUUCUUGGAAAAUCAAUUCAUGGCUAUGUUAUAAGGCGGAACCAUGAAUUUUCUACAGAAAUUUUGACUUCUUUGGCGGAUAUGUAUGCCAAAUGUGGAGGCAUAGCUAAUGCUAGGAAGGUUUUUAAUAUAACUUCAAAGGGUUAGUGAGGAUAACAUACCUGAGCUAUGAAGCUUUGGGAUUUUACAAGCAUAAUAUGCAGGAUGAGAGCACAGAACCCAAUGAUAUAACUUUCAGUAUAGUCCUUUCAGCUUCUACGGAGUAGUUAUGAAUAAGGGCUGGUUGAUGAGGAGUACUUUGUAGAAGGCUAAGAAAGGAACAUAAUGGCUGUUUGGUGACUGUUUCUUUCUCAACGUUGUAGUCUGGAUGGCGAUUAUAUGGUCAUUUUAUAUAUGCAUUUGAGCCGAAUGCAGAAAUGUUACUGUCUGCAUGCAAGGAGCAAAACCAGAUUGAUCUUGGGGAAGAUAUAUCAACAUACUUACUCCUACUUGAACCUGAUAAUAGUGCAAUAAAACUCUGUACAAGGUGGGUUAAAAGCAUCAAAUGGAGGAAUUUGGUGAAAAUAAGAGGCUAGGGCAAGAAUCCUAGAUGCAGUUGGGUUCAAAUUGGGAUUGAGUCUCAUGUAUUUAUUGGCAGACGGAUCAAAUCUUAACAUUAGUACUGAACUAUAGGCGGCAUUUGCAGAUGAUCGAUUCUCUGUUGUGAACUGAAACUGUUUGAAUACUCCGUGUUUAAUAGGCUCGCAGGGAAAGCUAAGUGCUUGCUCGGAAAAAUGGUUUUUCAUAGCUGAUAAUUGUUCAACUAACUGGUUAGAGAUUAGUUGUCAAAGUACUUGUGCAUUGUAGGUCUUGAUAAGACCGAGACUUCAGAUUCACUUAAGAAGAACAAUUGUACAUUCUGAUUCUUGACAUCCUUGAUUCUGAUCUAGUUAUGAUAAAAUUUUCAAAAAUUCAUAUGCAGUUACUGUAUAAUCUAUGUUUUGCUGUUGACACA